AUGCCGCCAUCGCUGCCAGAUGACCUUCUCGAGGAGAUCUUCCUCCGCCUCCCGCCGGUCGAGCCCGCGUGCCUCGUACACGCCUCCCUCAUCAGCAAGCUCUGGCUCGGCCGCCUCUCGAGCCCUCGCUUCAGCGGUCGCUACCGCGAGUUCCAUGGACCUGCCCCCAUACUGGGCUUCGUCCCCACCACGAAAUUGGGCUCACCCGUUCCCGGCGACCACCGGGUGGACUGGGACUACGCUACGUGUGACUGCCGCCAUGGCCGCCUUCUCCUUGGCAGUUUGUUUGAACAACCCAAUCGGCUGGAUGUUUGGGACCCCAUGACCGGCUGCCGGAGGGAGCUCCACGCGCCCGAAGAAUACCUGAACUAUGGGUAUGGGGCCGCGGUGCUCUGCACCAUGAGCGGCUGUGACCACCGAGCAUGUCACGCCGGCCCAUUCCGGGUGGUCUUCGUCGGGCUGGUGAUUAAUGACGAUGGUGAGCGUGUUGCACACGCGUGUGUGUCCUUACCGGAGUCCGGUGACUGCAGCAAGCCGUGCUUUGAUUCUCAUUUCGAUGAGUGGAGCGAGCCCUCCUUUGGACUUCAUCUUCCUGGCCAGACAUUCAUCGAGCCAAUGCCCCCCAUACUCGUCGAAGGCGCACCACACUUCAGGCUUGCGUAUGAUGAUGAUGAUCAUGGUGUAGGAAUUCUUAGGUAUGACCUGAGCUCUAAUUGCUUAUCAUUGAUUAAUGUGCCGCUUGCGGUGUCUGUAAAUGCCAGUGCCGCUACUAUCCUUAUGGCGAUGGAGGAUGGUAGUUUGGGGUUUGCACAUGUGGACAAGUUAACCCUCCACACGUGGUCAAGACAGUUGGGUUCCAACGGAGUUGCGUCAUGGACGCAGCGUACGGUCAUCAAUCUUAAUAAUCAACCCUCCAUUCAAAUUCCCAUUAGAAGACUUGAACUGGUUGGAUCAGUGGAGGGUAGAGAUAUCAUUUUCGUUACCACGGGCCUUGAUAUCUAUGAGAUUAGUCUCAAGACACUACGGUGGAAACAGCUACAGAAGAGAGAGAAAACUCGUGCUGUGAUCCCGUACAUGAGUUUCUUCAACCCGCCAGAAAAGGGUAUGCCCCUUGAAGUGGCGCAUUCACAAUGCCUAGCUAGCUAUGGAGAUCAGCAGCGGAGGCAGGUGCCACUCGGCAGCAAGACCAACUGCCAAGGAAAAACUUUUACUGAUUGGCAUUCGCCCAUGUCGGCACCCUGUUCUUCCUCAUCCUCGGCGCAGCAGGAGGAACUGCUUCUAUCCAUCCCUUGCCUGUUCCGUUGGGAGGGUCAGGUGUCCUCCAUCGCUGGGGAGGCCCAGCAACCUGGAUCCAGAUUCUGCAUCUGUGUUAACAGCAUCGUAAAGUACGCCGUUCCCUAA